UUCAUCUUUCAUGGCACCUUCUUCCGCUUCCCCUCAUAAUCUUGGUCAUCUUCCUCUUCACCGCGUAUCUGUUGGAGACCAUAUCGUCGUCUACUGGGAUGGAGAUCGGAAAUGGUAUCCUGCAGAGGUCAUCGAGACCAUCGGUGAUCAUAGAUGCAAAGUCCAUUAUGAGGACGGAGACUGUGAGUGGGUUUCACUCGACGAGGUCAAGUUCCUUCUCAGGCGCGACUGGAAGAGCUCCAUCCGAGAGCGAAGAAACAGAGACAACACUAACCAGAUUAAGACGAUAAAGGGCAUUCUCUUCGACAUCGAGGAUCGACUUCCACUUGGAGCCGUUUUUGAGCAGAACUUGUCAUGGUGGAAGGAAUGGCAUGAUGGUGUUUUGCGUGAUGUGAAAGACAAGAAUGUUGUAGGACUUAAGAGUGCAGCAUUAGAGAUAUCCUUACAAAUUAGGCCUGAAGUUGCUUCUCCUUGGUGGCUAACCCAUAGUAAUGAAUGGAAGGAAAAUCUUGAAGGUGCAUCAACAAUUUCUGAUGCAACAUAUGUUGUGAAAGAGCUGCAGAAGAACGCGGUUAAUUGGUCUAACACGAAGAAACUAUUCUCUGUUGAGGAGAAAAUCAUUGGUGUGUCAGGAGAUGAGAAAGUGCUAUGUAAAACAAGCUGUGUUGACAACACGCUAGGACCUGCGGAACUAUAUGGUUGUUCUGGAAGAUGCUUGGAUGGCACGAAAGCAAAUGCGAUUCAGCUGAUGAGCUUGAACUUGGAUAGCAAUUCAGAGGGGCAAAAUUUGCUUGUCAGAUCAUCUGUCCCUGAUGGCAGAUUUCAGCUGAGCACCGGUAAUGGUAAUUGUGGGUCCAUGCAAGGCAGUGGAAAUGAUGAAUCAUUAUGUCUGCCUGGAAAUUGUAUUGGAGAGCGUGUGACAUCCCUAUCUGUUACUGAAAGUGCUGGAUUGGAUGGAAAUGAUUUUGAUAAUUUUGAUCAGAAAUUGGAUCUCCUCAUUAUGGAUGUUGUCAGUUCAAUUGAAGGGGACACUGUCAUGAAUGCCCAUGAAGAGGCCAGUGGGAACUCUCAGAAGCUAAUGAUUGAUCAUAGUACAUGCUUUGCACCCUCUUUUCAAACGGAAAAGGUUUUAGAGGCCUCAUGUUUGGGGCUUCCAUCUCCAGGAAGGUCAGGUGCAAUAAAUGACUGUGGGGGCACGAAUUCUGAAUCAUUCUCUGUCAAAGUGUUUAGUCAGCCAGUAGAAGACCCUGGCAGGGAGCUUUCUGAUGAAGCUUCUGUUCAGAAUUUCCUUAAGACUAGACAGGAAAAAAUAUUGAGGUCUCUUGGUCCCGUGACACCAAAAGUAACUGUAACUUAUAAGAGAAGAAGAUAUCACCGACUGCCUUCGAUUAAAAGAAAUAAAACAUCCAGUGCACCUAGAGGAGUGAAAUAUUCAAAGGACAUUGCAGGUUCUGGAGGAGCCAAUGUUGCUGAUCAUCUUGACAGAAAAUAUAAUGGGUUUGGCUUGCAACUUAAGCAUUGUGGGUUGACCAAAACAUUACUUUGUUCUAUUUGUCAGAAUGGAGAAGCAAGCAAAUGGUUUCUCCCAUGCAAGGCGAUUGGUUGUUCCCGUGUUUUCCACACUUUUUGCCUUUAUCCUCCUUUACAAUUUGCACCUGAGGGGGAAUGGAUUUGCUCUUUUUGUAAGGAGGAUUUAUCGUUCAUGGAAAAGAUGGAGGAGAAGUUGGUGCCCAAGAAAAUCAGAAGCAUCAUAGGUCGAAGAAGGCUUGUUUCUGGCUGUGAUAAUAACUGGCGGGAUGAGUUCCUUAUACAAUGGGUGUCACUUUCACAUCACCAUGAUACUUGGGUUCCCAUGGAGUGGAUCAAUCUUACAGAUAGUGUUCGAUUGCAUCACUUUCAGAAGCAUUUCCCAUUGUUAGAUGGUGUUACCAUAAUUGAUCAGAGAAAGCCAGAGUGGUUAAUGAUAGACCGUGUUAUAGCAUGUAGGAAGAAGCAUACUGUGAAUAACAUCUGUAAAGCGUACAACUUAUCUGAAACAAGGGAAGAGUGUGUAGAACAUGAGUGUCUGGUGAAAUGGAAGGGACUUGAUUACAAUGAUGCAACAUGGGAUUCAUCUUACACGAAGGAAUUAUUGGCUGAACUGGAUAAGCUUGCACAGAGGCACCAGAAAGCUGUUCUAAGAAGUCGUAGUGUUUGUGAAAAGUGUAGUUUCUCCAGUCUAGACUUGCAACCAAGUUACUUGGCUGGUGGUUUUCUUUAUGACUACCAAUUGAGAGGACUCAACUGGUUACUACACAACUUUAUGUCCCGGAAUAAUGUUAUCCUUGCAGAUGAAAUGGGAUUGGGGAAGACUGUGCAAGUGGUUUCAUUUGUGUAUUGUAUGAAACAAGAAAAAUUGAGUGCUCUUCCGGUGCUUGUCAUUGCCCCCAAAAGUACGCUUUUCCAAUGGGAGAAGGAAUUUCAUCAUUGGGCUGAAGAGCUUAAUGUGGUUAUUUACCAAGGAGAGAGGGAGUCACGUAGGUGUAUCCGUGCACACGAAUUUUAUUCAACUGAGAAGAAUGUCUUGUUUGAUGUUUUGGUUACAAACUAUGAGCUAGUUCUUUCAGAUAACAUUGCUUUCCGGAAGUUUGAGUGGUCUGCAAUUGUUAUUGAUGAGGCCCACAAGAUAAAAAAUCUUGAUUGCAAACUUGUGGCCUGUCUUAAGCAAUACACUGCAGAUUUUCGGUUGUUACUGACUGGCACACCACUUCAGAAUACUUUGGUUGAACUGUUUGCGUUGCUUCAUUUCCUUGAUCCAAAAGAAUUUGCUGAUCCAAAGGAUAGAGCAGAUUCCUUUUCAAACAUCGGAAUGGAAAUAGAGGAUUCACGAUCAUUAGACACUAAUUCAAUGAUUACACGAAUCCAUGAUAUAUUGAGGCCUAGGAUGUUGAGAAGGAUGAAGUCAGAUGUUUUGCGUGGACUGAUUCCUGCCAAAAAGUGGGUUGAGGUUCCCUGUGCCCUUGCAGACCUGCAAAGGACACUAUACAUAAACCUGUUGAAGAAGAACUAUCAUGAAUUGAAUAAAGGAAUCACUGGAGGAAGAAAGAUAAAGUUGAACUUUCUUCUAAUGGAAUUGAGGAAAUGUUGCAAUCAUCCUUUUCUUAUCCCAGGUCAAGAACCCUGUCACACGUCAAGGGAAGAGGCUUUUGCAACACUAGUUUCUUCUUCUGGGAAGCUUCAACUUUUGGAGCAGCUACUUCCUAAAUUAAAAGAGAGAGGGAAUCGGGUAUUAUUGUUCUCUCAGUUCACUACAAUGCUUGAUAUUUUGGAAGACUUCUUAUCAUUCCUGGGGCUGACAUAUUUCCGGAUUGAUGGAAAGACUUCCUCCUCUUUAAGGCAAGAACAAGUUAGGGAAUUCAACAAGGCAGACAGUGCCAUCUUCAUUUUUCUUUUUUCAACCCGAGCAGGUGGUCUUGGAAUUGAUCUGCCGACUGCUGAUAGAGUCAUCAUAUAUGAUCCGGACUUCAACCCAUUUAUGGAUUUGCAGGCACAGUCAAGAGUUCACAGGAUAGGGCAGGCACGGCCUGUGGUGGUUUAUCAGCUAAUCACCAAAUGCUCUGUGGAGGAGAAAAUAUUACUGAAGUCAAGGAGAAAGUUAGCUAUUGAGCAUCUUGUUAUGAACCCGACCAGCAAGCUAAAUGUGGCUGACUUGCAUUCAGUUCUGCUACAUGGAGCACAGAAGAUUCUCAGUAAGAGAAGUAUAAAAGCAACAUCAAUCAGCUAUGACGAUGCUUCCAUAGAAACACUUCUUAAAUUAGAUCCAAAACCUGAUGAGAAACCCUCUCCAGAAGAAAAUGGCUAUCUGGGUGCCAUUGAGAGCUUCGUGCCUGCCGCUGAGAGAGAGGAGCCAUCUUCAUCCCCAAAAGCCAAUGAAUGGCGAGAAAUUCUUGGGCCUUUUGGUGAUAUAGCAAAAAAUGAAGACCUUGGCAGGGGGAAGAGACCAAAGGCAGUGGUAAAGUAUGACAGUGAGGAUGCAUCAGAUGGUGAUGAUAUGUACUUGCCCGAGAGCUCUAGCAACAGUCCUAGUGAUGAUGAGUCCGAUCCUGAAGACUCUGAAGAAGUACUUUUAUGUUGAUAAGAGUAAUAAAACUCAAGCAUUUUGUAAA